UUAAUAAUUUCCCCCAUUAUCCAAAACUUCCCAUGUUUUAUUUUUAUCCCGUUUUCCCCCCUUUUUUCCCAAUUUUUCUCAUUAUCCCUCAUUAUCUGCAAGUCCCUCGUUCCAUCCCAUUAUCUCCCACUUGCUCCUUUCUCUACCAUCUCUAUUUCCCCUCAUUUUUCUGCAAAAUUUUCUCCCAAUUUCCCAUUAUUCCAAUUUUUAGCCCACUAUGUCCCAUUUCCCUGCACUAUCUGCCAAUUUCCCCCCAUUUCCCCUCACUAUCCCUAUUUUCCCUCUAUCCCCAUUUCUCCCCAUUAUUUCCCAUUCUCUCUAUUCUCCUCCCAUCUCACCCCACUAUCGCCAUAUCUCCCCAAUUCUCCCCCAUCACCCCAAAUUUCCCUCAAUGUGCCCCUUUUCUCCCCUUUUGCGUCCAUGUUUCUGCCGAAUUUUCCCUGUUUUUCCCCCACUUUCCCUCAUUAUUCCCAACUCGCCUCAGCCCCGCCCCGCCUCCCCCUCACGGAGGCCCCGCCCCUCUCUCUGAGCGCCGCCUUUUCCCGCCGCCGUGCUCUCGACCAAUCAGCGCCCGAGCUCUGGGGCCGUGCGGACCAAUCAGAGCGAAGCGCGGGAGAACUCGAGCGAGCCCCGGCACCCAACGGCCGCCGGCACGAGCCGGCGUUGGCCCCGCCCACCGGCGCGUGAGGGGGCGAGGCCUCGGAGCAGCUUUCUCCCAGGCGCCACUAUGAGCCACCACCCGGGGGCCCUGGGGGUCCCCCUGCACCGCCCCCUCCCCAUUCCCACCCGCUCCAAAUCCAAACGCCUCCGGACCAAACGGGAACGCAAUGCCGCCAAAUUCGGCCCAAAGCUGCCCCUGAGGGGCUCCCGGCAGGGUCCCACCGGUCCCCCUCGCUGGCUGCAGCCUCCCCUGUGGGGGGGUCUCGCUUUGGGCAGCCCCCUGGGCCCCCCAAAACCUGUGGUGAUCACCCAGAAGCGGCUGUGCCACCGCGGCCUCUUCAACCACGAGGUCAAAUCUCUCGACGUCCGGCGCCUGCUGACCCCUGCCCCUGGUGGGGAUGGCCCCCCUCCGGCCCCCCAAAUUGAGGAGGGAGAGGUCGGGGGGGUGAAGGAUCUGGUGGCCAGUCUGGCCUCGCUCCUGGGCAGUUUCAGGGUGUUUGGGGGGCGGGAGCUGGUGAGCGAGCGGCGCCGGAGCCUGCUGGCUGUGCUCAGGAGGCACCGACGGGGACCCCCAGACCUGGGGGUCUUCCUGGCCCACCGGACCCCAGCCCAGCCCCCAGUGUUGUCUUCAGCAGGUCUGGGGACCCCCAGGGGCCCCCGACAAGAAGGAAGACCGAGACCUCCAGGACGAGCAGUCAGUUUGGCGGGGUGGAAGAUGGGGGACCCCCCUGCCAGAACUCCCAGCCCACUUCGUGCUGUCAAUACACCACCCCCCCGUGCUCCCAGCCCCAUUUUUGAAGCCCUCAAAGAGCAGGAGGUGAGUCUGGAAUUUUGGGGGGUGGUUCCCCCCCUGUUUUUGGGAGUGUCCCGGGGGGGUUUGUUGACCCCCCCUCCUCACCCCCAGAACCCUUUCUCAUGGAGCUCAGCCGAGGAUGAGGAGGAUGAGACCCCCGGGGGGCUUACCCAGGCGUGGGGUGGUCCCGGGGGGCUCCUGCCGGCAGCCCCCCCCUUUUGGAGGUCCCCCCAGCCUCCCCAGGCAGAGGAAGCGGCAGGGGGGGAUGAAGGCUGGACCCCCAUAGCCCUCCGGGCCCUCAGCCCAGACCCUCCACCCUGGGGACCCUCCCGAUCCAGAGAUACCCAUGGGCCCCCUCGCGCCCCCAGACCCCCUCGGGCCCCCAAAACCUGGAGAACUGAGAAGCCCUGGGACCCCCCGGAUCCCUCCAGACUCCCCUGGGAACUCCCAGACCCCUCCCCCCCUCCCCCGACCCCCCCCAGACCCUCUCGGGCCCCACAAAUCUGGAGCCCAGAGCCCCGCAAGGCCUCCCAGGCUGCCCUCAGACCCCUCUGGGACCCCCCGAACCCCUCCAGACUCCCGUGGGACCCCAGACCAUGGAGCCCAGAGCUGCCCAGGGCUGCCCAGGACCACCCCAGACCCCCCUGGGCUCCCCAACUCUGGAACUCGGAGCCCUCCAGGGCCCUCCUGGACGGCCCGAGACCCCUGUGGGACCCCCCAAGACCCCACUGGGACCCCGCAGAUGCCCCGAGACCUCUCUGGGAUUCCGCAGACCCUCCCCGGGCCCACCCAGACCCACCCAGACCCCCCCGGCUCUGGAGCCCGGAGCUCCCCUGGGACCCCCCGGCCCCCCCCAAACCACCCAGGGACGCCCUCAGACCCUCACGGGACCCCGGAGCCUGGAGCCCGGAACCCCCCGGAGUCCCCCAGGACGCGGAACCGUCACGAUGCUGCUGCCGCCGGCUCUGUCGUGACAUGACCCGGCGCGACCCCCCCUGUCGCGACACAUCCCACGGCGCCCCACGCCGCCCUGCCCCCCUCUGUCCCUACCUGCUUCAGCCAAAGCGGCCCCGGCCGGGCUGGGGAGGGGGCUGGGGGGCAGCCUGGGGGGGCCCCAGGGACAGCCCCCCCUCGCCCUUCCUCCUACCGGUCUGCGGGUGCCCCUGCAGCGGGCUCUGCCGGGGGGGGGCUUGGAGAUGAGGAGGGGGCUGUGGUGGGGGGCGACCCCCCCCAAUUAAAGGCUGUUUGUUUCAGCUGUGGGAUCCUGCUGCUCUUUCGGCUCUCCCUGACACCCCCAGAGCCCCUGGGGACCCCAAAUUCCCUAAAGACUGCCCCCUGGAAACUUCCCUCCGCUCCACCUCCAGAGCUCCCCAGUUUCUCUGAGGAUCCACCCCAAGUCCUCCCCACAACUGGGGCCUUUCGGCCUGGGGUCCUCAAAUCCUCCAGUAACUCCCAAAUCCCUCCCAAAAACCCUCGAACCCCACAUCCCUGGAAGUUUCUCCAGAUUUGCAAGGGGGGACUUUUCUUCUUCCCCCUUUUGAUUUCAUUUUGGCAUUCUCUCCCCGGUCCCCUCAGAAUAAAAAAA